AUGGGUCGCACAAAAUGUACUAAAAUUAUUGAAAACGUUUUGUGUCCAUAUUUCAAAAAGGAACUAAUAGCUGAUAUCGGAGAUAGCGUUUUUAGUCUUUUAAUAGAUGAAUCUACGGAUGUAUCGAUGAAGAAGCAGCUUGGUAUUGUUGUGUGUUAUUAUAGUGAAAGUUCUCGUUGUAUAGUAAACACAUUUUUAAAAUUAGUAGAACUUGAAGACUCUACAGCUUCUGCAAUUACUAAAGCAAUUUUGUUGACACUAAAUGAAUUUAACGUGAAUUUAAAAAAAUUUAAAGGUCUUGGUACCGAUAAUGCUAAUGCUAUGGUGGGUGCAAAUAAAGGUGUCAUAGCACAACUGAAAAAGAAAAACUCAAAUAUUAUAUUAGUGCCUUGUGUGUGCCAUUCAGUACAAUUGGCAGUAUCCAGUGCUUCCAAAUGUAUGCCAAAUGAAAUUGAAUAUUUAAUAUCUGAAAGUUAUAACUGGUUUGCGAAAUCCCCGUCCAGGCAAAAUUCAUACCAAUCCCUAUAUUUAUCAUUAAAUAACGGCCAAGAACCACUUGUGAGGGCUUGUGAUACUAGGUGGCUUUCUAUUGAAGUUGCCGUUAAACGUAUUGUUGACCAAUGGUUUGAGUUAAAAGCCCAUUUCAACGAAGUUUCGUCAAAGCACCAGUGCCACAAAGCUAAACAUUUAAGCGAAUUGUAUACAGAUUAUAAUUUAGCGUAUCUCCUUUUUUUGAAACCAGUGCUGGCAGAAGUGCAAAAAGUAAAUAAGUCAUUCGAAAGUAACUCGGCGGAUCCAACAAAACUCUUCUCAGAUUUAAAAUGUUUAUUGCAAAGUUUGUGCUCACAAAUUGUUAUACCGGACGAAAAUUUUGACUCAUUAUCAUCCCCACUUGAGCAAUUUUUAAAAUCUUCUCCACAAUUUUCGUACAAGUUUGAACUAUAUAUGAGAGAUAAAAUAAAAAACGGAAUUAUAAACGAAAAUUCUGAACAAUUAAUACGCCAAAAAUGUCGAAGUUUUUUAAUAAAACUUAUUGAACAAUUGAGACAAAGAUUGCCAGCAAAUAUGGAUACUCUUCGAAAAAUUGAUUUUUUAUCUGUUGACAAUUCACUUAAAAUAGUGAAACCAAAUACAUUCUCUCAUAUUAAAAAUGAAAAAUAUAACUAUACCGCUGAUGAAAUAACCAUGAUUGAAGCCCAAUGGCGAAACCUUUUAAACUACAAAUGGACUUACACAGAAUCAACAGUCGAUUUUUGGGUCGAGGUGCGAGAGUUUAAAAAUGCCCUGCAGGAAAAUCCAUUUACUGAAUUGCUACAAUUCGUAUUUAGCUUUUUAGUACUACCUUUUAGUAAUGCGGAGGUUGAAAGGCUGUUUAGUACCAUGAAAAUUGUGAAAACAAAACAAAGAAAUCGAAUUAAACUAAAAAUGCUAAAUGCAUUAUUAAAUAUUCGAUGUUCUUUAAAAAGACUUCAGAAAUGUUGCCACGAUUUCGAAAUUUCCGAUGAUCUAAUAAAGUUCCUAGAAAGUCGUGAUAAUUAUACAAAUCCUAGUUCCGAUUCAUCAGAUGAUGAGGAAAUUAUUAUACCUAUUUUAUAA